CGCUAACGUCAAUCACAAUAUAAUCAUGCCAGCAUUAUAUGUCGUUGUGGAGGUGUGCCACAAUAUACCUCAAUCAGCAAAAGACAAGUUAGAUUAAAAAAAAUGUUGUCAAAUUUCCGGUCACUCUGAGAAUUUUUCUUGUUCUUUGAAAGUAUCUUGCACAGAUCCGAAGCCGACUGCAUGUCUUUAUCUAGGUUGAGGUUGACCCACUUUUUUUUUUCUUUCCCUUUUUGUUAUUCGCUUGCGCAAAGUUGCAAACACAUAAUAAUACAAAAUAUUUAACGUGAUGAACUCUAGGGGAGGGUAGUGGGGCUGGUACACUAAACCGUUUGUGAAGAAUAUGUUAGAUUUUGUAAUUCAUUGAUUUCAGAUGUUGAGAGAUAUUUAAUAAUGUAUCUAAUAUCAUUUAUUUAUUAUAACUUUUUUAACCAAAGGCAAUUUCUAUAAGUUUGAAGUUUGCACAAAUUCAACUGAACUCUUUCAUUACCCAAUAUAAAAAUUUCCCACAUUAUGGGACAACGGUGGAAUGCCCAUCCUUUCGAGUGGGUAUCGGGUGAGUACCAUAUGAAAGGACAUAAAUCAUAUCCCUAACCAUACUCAUACCAAUGGAUAUCAGACGUAUAUCCGUAUACCUACGGAUAUGUUAUAUACUUAAGCAUAAAACUCCAAAAAUUUUACACAACUCCAACAACAUGCUAAUAAAGCAGAGUAGUAGACCUUGAAAAGAAACUAAAAAGAAUUGAGAGAUUAUUUAUCACUUUUCCAUCAAAGAUAAAAACGCUUUGGAUUUGAGAAGAAGAAUUCAUUUAACGGCUAGUGGAGUUUGAUUCGAUGGCUCCAAGAAGACGAGGAGUCAAGAGGAUUGGAGGAACGGGUCAGGAAUGGGAAUUCAGAAGCUUGGAGUUGGGAAAUGACGAGACAGGGUUGAAAGUGAGAACGAGAUUCGAGUAGUGAUCAAGAUUCGGCGGGUCAAGAGGGUAUCUAGGUAUUGGGUUAUUGAGUGGGUUCGAGGCGGAUAUUAAAAUAUCCAUACUUUACACGUGUCCGAUAGCAACACGUUCGGAUUCUGUCCUAACCUUCCCGAAAUCCGAUCAAUACGAAUUUUACCUCUAUUUAUCUGUUAGAUCGGAUGGAUACCGAAUUCAGUAAAUUUUUCCUGCCAACCCUAGUUUUGCUUUAAUUUGUUUGGCCGCCGCCGCAGCCUAAUACCGACACAUGCAUCUUUCCACCUUUGGCCGCCGCGAGAUACCACAAAUGUGGCGAUGAAAAUUUUGUUAAUCUUCUUGACGAACAUCGGCAUGAAAUUUUUUUCCGUAACCUAAACUUUGGUCACAAUAUUUGGGCACUAAAAGACAUAACUUCCCCUUCUAUAAUUAGUAAGUAUAGAUCUCUCUACGUACUACAAAGAGAAAACCCAACCCAGCCCAACUCGACGUAACGAUGGAACAAACGUACAUCCUCCUCGUAGUAUACUCCACCAUCCUCAUCAUCACCCUCCUCGUAAUGAAGCUCUUAUCACCCCGGCCGUCGACUUCGAAACCCCUCAACCCGCCUCCGUCGCCGCCGUCGUCCCUCCCCGUCGUCGGCCACCUCCACCACCUCCUCCUCAACAACAACAAACAACCCAUCCACCGAACCCUCCAGUCCAUCUCCGCCGCCCACGGCAAGAUCCUCCUCCUCCGCCUCGGCUCCCGCAGGAUCCUCCUCCUCUCCUCCCCGUCCGCCGUGGAAGAAUGCUUCACCAGAAACGACAUCGCCUUCUCCAGCCGGCCGCUCGAGAUGGCCAGCACCAAGCACUUCCACUACCGCCACACCACCAUCCUUGCCGCCCCGUACGGCGACCUAUGGCGCAGCCUCCGCCGGUUCAUGACCCUCGAGCUCUUCUCCUCCCCCGCCGUCGCCAAAUUCGCCGCCGUCAGGGAGGCUGAGGUCCGCUCCUGGCUCUUCCGGAUAGCGGAGUGCUGCGGCGGCGGAGAAGGGGAUGUGGGAAAGGUGGUGGAGAUGAAGGCGAGGAUUGUCGAGCUGAUGUUCAACGAGACGGCGACGAUGACGGUGGGGGAGUGGUUUUACGGGGAGGCGGCGAUGGGGGAGUUCGAGGAGUCGGUGAGGCCAGGGAUUGAGUUGUCCGGCGUGUUUAAUCCGGCGGAUUUUUUCCCGGUGUUGAGGAGGUGGGUGGACGUGUUUGGGAUAGAGAGGAAGAUGGCGGGGUUGAUGGGGAAAGUGGAUGGGUUCUUUCAGGGUCUUGUGGACGGCCACCGCAAAUGGAAUCGUCAUGGUGAGAAGAAUAAGAAGGUCGUGGUGAUGGAUGAGAUCUUGGCCUUGCAACAAAGGCAGCCCGAGGUCUUCACGGAUGAGAUAAUUAAAGGGAUUUUGCUGGUAUUGCUAACGGCUGGAACAGAGACAUCCGCCACGACACUGGAAUGGGCAAUGGCUCUGCUUCUCAACCACCCACAAUCCAUGGCCAAACUCCGAGCCGAAAUCGACGCCAACGUCGGCCGCGACCGACUCCUCAACGAGCAAGACGUACCGAGGCUUCACUACCUCCAACACGUCAUCAGCGAGACGCUCCGUCUCUACCCGGCGGUCCCGCUCCUCACCCUCCGCGAAUCCUCGGCGGACUGCACCGUCGCCGGAUACGACGUCCCCAAGGGAACCAUACUGCUGAUCAACGCGUGGGCCAUACACCGCGACCCGGAGGUCUGGGAGAACCCCACGGAGUUCGUCCCGGAGAGGUUUGCCACGGCGGCGGAGAGUGGUGGUGGUGAUGAGCAGCAAGCUGGCGGUGGUGGCGGCGGUGGGUGGAAGCUGAUUCCGUUUGGCGGCGGGAGGAGGCGGUGCCCUGGUGCCGUGCUGGCGAAUCGGGAGAUUGGGCUGGCGCUUGGGAGUUUGGUGCAGUUGUUUGAUUGGGAGAGGGUUGGAGGAGAUGAGAUUGAUAUGACGGAGACUUUAGGCGUCACCAUGCCUAGAAGUAGCCCGCUUCAUUUGCUGUGCAAGCCCAGGGAAUUUGCGAUGAAGCUUCUAUCGCAGUCAUCGUCGAAUGCGGGAUUGGUGACUUGAGUUGCUGUGUGUGUACAUAUAUGGAUUUGGUAAGCUUGGAGUAUGUUAUAUGUAUCUUUGGACCGGCUUGUUUUCUGCUUAAUUACUGUCAAUGGCUUGGCUUUCGGGGGUUAUGUUUUAUGAGUUUGAAGGUUUUGCAGGUUUUUUACAUCUCUGAGUUGGUUUGUUGUUCACUACUAAUAGUUUCUGUGACAAUUAAGAACAAUUAACGCCAGAUGAUUUG